CAAGAAGAAAAACAACAGAAGCAUUAGGACACUCCAGCAAGAUGUCUCAGCUUACCUCUGCUAGCCUGGCUGCGACGAUGCUCCUUCUCCUUGCUGCUACAGCGGCGGCUACCACCUCAGCUCUGGCAGGUUCAGACUGCCAGAAUGACAUUCAGAUGCUGGAGACCACCUGCUACAAGUACGUGGCGAAGGACGCACCAACAUCACCACCGUCACAGGAGUGCUGUGAUACUAUGAAUGGUGUGGACGUGCCCUGCGUCUGUAGCUACCUGGGUGCACCCGGCAUCAAGGAGAAUAUAAGCAUGGAGAAGGUAUUCUACGUUGCCCAGCAGUGUGGCGUCAGCAUCCCUGGGAACUGCGGUGGAUCAAAGCGGGCCUGAGGCAAGAACAGUUGAAUGGCAAGGUUGGCUAACAUAAGCAAGGCAGUUAGCACUGCUACAAUAAAUAAGAAGUUGGUCAACUUUUAGUUGGAUGAUGUUGGAGUACAAGGAAUGCAUUGCCAUUCAGCAUGUUGGAAUUAUCUAUACUUGACUAUGUUGCUAUUGGAAAGACUAUUGACCAGGCGAUCACCUGUUUGUUGAUUUAUCAAGUUUCUUGGCUUGCGAAAAUGCCAAAACAAAGAUGAAUCUAUAAAUUAUAAUAGCAUUCGUAUAAGUAUAAGAAAAAGAACUCAUUUGGGACGA